AUGACACAUAGGAUUCUCUUCUUAGUGUCUCUUCAAUUAACAUAUAGAAUAUUUCAUAGUGUGAUUUUACUUUUGGUGAUCCGAGUAAAAACUGAAUCCGGUUCGAUUAUUUCCUACUUUCAAAAUGGGCCAAAUAAUGGGCCCGAAUCUGUAGUAACUAUAAACAUAAUCCGACGCGUGAGCUGCACGCGCCUAAACACUCUCCAUCUGGCUGCCGUCUUCGUUCUUCCGGCGACAGAAGAACACGUCGCCAACGAUUUCAACAUCGCAGCUCCGAUUCCGGAAGAGACCGGAAAUGUCAUUGAAGAGACGGCGUCUUACAAUUUCCCGGUAUGUGCGUCUCAGAUUGUGGGGGAUGAGGAAUUUAGAAUUAGGGGUACGACUUGGAAUAGUCAGAGAGAAAAUGACCAGGAAUUGGAUUUCUUCAGAGAAAUUGUGUCUUUGUGA